CACGGCUGAUGAGAUGAACGUGUGUGCGACGGAGGGAAAGUGAACUAGGCAGGCGCCUCGCGAACGCUUGCGUCCCCAGUGGCCCGCACUUUUCCGAGCCCACUGCUUACGUAACCCACAAAAGGCAGUGGCGUGCGCCAGGCUGCUCCGGUUCAAAUCUCGUCGCUGCUCCGUCCGCUUUCAGCAUCUUCUCCUCUUUCUUCCAGCCGUUUCUCCCGGCACAAGCGAGGGGGUUCGUCCCACUCUCGCCCUCUUGCCCUCUCGCUACCCCCUACCUUCUUCUUCUGUUCGUCUCUUGUCCCCCCUGACAGUGCCUUUUCAACGUGUUUGCCGUCAUGAUAUCCCAAUAAACGGAUUUAUCGUACACGACCUCUCGACCCUUUCGACGCUCAUCACACCCCUACCGGCACUUAAUCCUCGUUUUCACUCGCCGUCUUACCCCUUCACGACCACGUCACAAUCGUCGCAUCCAUCAAUGGCUAUGGUUGAAGCUGCAGAGACUACCCAAGCCGAAAGCGAGGGCGCCGACAGCUCAGAUAAACCGCCGCAAGGUGGUUUACACUCUUCUUUGUCAUCCUCCUCGCAGUCUACUUCUACCGCCACUGCGGCAAAAUCGCGAGUGAACGGCUCCAAAUCCCAUCAAUCCCCUGCUAAGCAGCACGCUGCGCCAGUGACGACAAGUGGCAUGCCUACCGCUACGAAUGGUGUUCACGUCCCACUGCCCCCGCCAGACACCAAGUUCUAUCAGAAGGCACCGGGCCACACAAGGAAGGAGCUUGAAGACAUGCACAGAUCCGAUCGCUACCCAUACGAGUCGCCUGUCAUCCAACGCGACUCGUCAUCCACGACAGGCUCAAUCACGCCGUCCAGCAGCAGUUCUCUGUCGGCUUCGGAAAGUGAUGGCUGGAGUCUUCCUUCCACGCAGCCGCCGAGCAGAGCGCCCAGCAUGUCUUCCGGUGUUUCCGGUGGCAAGUUGAGUGCCGCGCUACAGCCUCUGACGCAGACGCCCUCGCUGCCCAAGACAUCGUCCAAGAAGGAGUUGCCUCCGCCGAAAGAGCAGCCUCCCGAUUCGACUGCGUUGCGGAUAUCUUCCACUCCGUCCAAGUCGAAUGGCGUUAGUGAGCCUAGCUCAACUGGCACCGCUCGUCCCGCAAAGGCUUCCUCCACCAAAGCACCAUCACUCAAGGCAUCGUCCGUCAGCUCUCGUCACUCUCAGCAAUCCGAAUCGGAUACAGGGGGGCAGAAGUUCUCGCUCAAGGACCUCUUGAACAGCGGCCCAAAGCUCGCCCGCAAAUCCUCUGCCCGCUCGACCGGCAGCAGCAGAAAAUCCGAUUCAGAUCGUGGAGGGAAGUCAUCGACUGGAGAGAGCACCGUGAGCUUACUCAAGAAAUACGGUGUCUGCCAGAAGAUAGCCAUCGGCAAGGGUGCCACAUCUGUUGUCCGUCUCGCACACAAGUGGGACCGCAGCGAGGAGAAGCUAUACGCCGUUAAGGAGUUCCGCAAGCGGAGAAAGAACGAGACAGAGAAAGAGUAUGUCAAGAAGCUCACUGCCGAGUUUUGCAUAUCGUCGACGUUGCACCACGUCAACAUCGUCGAGACUGUUGACCUCGUGCAGGACGAGAACCAGCACUGGUGCGAGGUCAUGGAGUUCUGUCCCGGUGGAGACUUGUACGCCGCCAUCAAGAGAGGUGGAAUGUCACCGGCCGAAGUCGAGUGCUCUUUCAAGCAGAUGUUGACCGGUGUGCACUAUCUCCACAGUCAAGGUGUCGCUCAUCGCGAUAUCAAGCCGGAGAACUUGUUCUUUGACACGAAGGGUCACUUGAAGAUCGGCGACUAUGGCGCAUCGACAGUCUAUCGUCUGCCUUGGGAGACCACAGUACACAUGUCGACAGGGUUAUGCGGGAGCGAGCCGUAUAUCGCUCCAGAGCAGUUUUUGGGCAAACCAUAUGACGCUCGUCUUGUCGACAUAUGGGCCUGCGGUAUCGUGUAUUACUGCCUGCACUUCCAAGAACUCCCGUGGACCGUCGCGCAGCCGACUGAUCACCUGUUCGCGGCGUAUGUCUCCGCAUGCCAGACGCAAUCGUCGUGUCCACCGACGAUCAACAACCUCUCGCCACGUGCAUGCCGGCCCCUCAUUCGGAAAAUGCUUGAACCAAAUCCGAAGCAACGCGCUCUCAUCGACGAGAUUAUCAACCACUCGUGGGUGCAGAGCAUUGAGGUCUGUUAUCUCAUGGCGAAGCCAACGCAUGUGCAUGUCAAUGCAACCGCGAUGGCGCAGGCGCAGAUCCAAUUUCUUUCGUGAUCGCGCGCCAUGGAUAGUCUCUUGAGGGGCCAUGCAUUUGGUUCUCCGUUUUCGUACUCAUAUGUCCGGGACGUUCGCGCGCGCUGCUGCUGUUGUUGACUCUAUGACUGGCGUCGCUCUAAUUUCCUCGCCGCGCCUUCUGUUUACGACGUCUUCCAGUGUAGAUGUACUAUUCCCUUAGUAGCGGAUCCUCUGGCCACAACGGAGGAGUUCGAUGGGUGUGCUUGUGUCUGUUCCAGCAAUGUGAUGGCGAUUACAUACCAGGGUUUUUGCUGCCCCUCGACGAGGGGUUGUAGCCGCUAGCAUCGUCGUUAAUUUAUCGUCCAUGUACUACUGUAAUCUAGCCCUUAUCAGUUGAUGUU